AUGGUGCUAACCGCUGUCACCCAGUCAUUCCAAUCUUAUGCUCUUCGCAUGGUACAAGACACCUUGCGGCGAAUUUCAGCCCCAGUGAAAUUGACCGACCAUGUUGGUGAAGAGGAGGAAGUUCUGUAUGAUGACCCGAUGAUCGCCGAUUCUGAGAAAGCAAUUGUCUGCGUUAAAGAUGUGAACUUUUGGAAGAGGGCAUUUCUAGAUUUCGAUCUGGGAUUUGCAGAAUCCUACAUGUUCCAAGAGAUAGAAUGUGAUAACUUGUCCAAGAUCUUCGACCUGUACAUUCAAAACCGCGCCACGCUCGACUCGGGAGGCUCACCGUUCCACCUCAUCGUCCGCCUAGCCCAAUGGUGGCUACCGAAAAACAACAUUGAAAAUUCGCGCAGCAACAUCGCUUCCCACUACGAUACCUCGAACGGACUAUUUACGAACUUUCUAUCUCCUGACUUGAACUACUCCUGCGCACAUUUUACUAGCAAUGCAGCAGAAACCCUGCAAACCGCCCAGCGAAGAAAAGUCCACUACAUGAUCAAAAAGGCGCGGCUUCAAUCAACUCACCACUUACUGGACAUUGGCUGCGGCUGGGGAGAUCUGAUCAUCGAAGCAGCACGACUCACUGGCUGCAAAGCGACGGGAAUAACUCUUUCUGAGGAACAGAAGAGUCUUGCCGAUGAACGGAUCCGCGAAGCAGGCCUGCAGGACCGAAUUCGCGUUUUACUGUGCGAUUAUCGCAACGCACCCCGACCUGAGAGGAUGUUCGAGCAUGUCGGCGCUGAGUAUAUGGAUCAGUAUUUUGAAGUAAUCUCGCAAUUGUUGCCGCCUGAGGAUGGUGUGUUGGUGAUUGAUGGGAUAACGAAGAUACAACCAUUCCACGAAACCAACCCCCGAAUGGGCGAAUACAUCGAUCGCUACGUCUUCCCAGGCGGAUACCUCCCCACCCCAAAUAUUCUCUUCGAUUCUCUACAUCGCGGCAGCAAAGGAUCAUUGGAAGUGACUUCGGUGCUCAGUUCCGGCCCUCAUUACGGGAAGACCCUACUAGGAUGGAGGGACAACUUCCUGGCAAACUGGGAAGAUAUCCGAUCAGACUUUUGCAGUCGGCACCCUGAGGCUUCGGCACAGGAUUAUUACUUCGAGUACUGCGAAGCCGGGUUUCGUAAUCGCAUCUUGGGGAAUUAUACUAUUUGCGCAGUCAGAGCCCCUGAGCGGUUGUUGGUUCCCAACAAGACCAAGACCAAAUCACUACUUGUUCUUCUCUAUGGAGGCGUCGAAGGUCUCUGCUGUGAACUACCACCCUCGAUAUUGGUGCAGAUCACUGCAAACUUAGCGGGUUCUUAA